AUGAACCACACAAGCUCGACAGAGUCAUUCCAUCUUGGAAAGGAAGGUUACUCUUUGGAUCUCACCACAGAGGCCGCCAAGAUCUUGGCGAUGCUGUCUCAAGACAAAGAUAUGACGGCGAUUAUCUGUAGUAUCCUCGUCGUUGCAUUGACGUCGUGGUAUCUAGCCAGUCAGCGCAGUCAAUACCCGCUCAUCAACCCGCGAGGAGCCUUCCAGUUCACGCAUGGCAAGGUGAAGCAGCACUUCAUACACAAUGGCCGACAACUUCUAGAAUAUGGUCUCAAGAAGCACAAUGGCAGACCGUUUCGUAUCAUGACUGAUCAUGGAAUGAUGACGGUUCUUAACCCUAAGUAUACGGAUGAGCUUCGGAAUAUCCCACAGUUGAAUCAUGCACGGGCAAUCGCCAAGUUUGUGAACUCUCACUUACCUGGUUAUGAGCCGUUCCAUACUUUUGGCUACGGAGGUGAUAUAAUUCAAGAUGUAAUCAAGCUUAAAGUGACUCCGGCACUAGGCCAACUAACACACGCUCUAUCUGAAGAGACAUCUUUCAUGCUAAAGAGCUCCUGGACGGACAACACUGAUUGGCACAAGAUCCAUGUACACUCAAAUCUCCUCAGAGCUGUAGCCCAGGUGUCGUCUAGGGUCUUCCUCGGAGACAAACUGUGUAGAGACCCAGAGCUCCUCCGUAUCACCACCACCUACACUCACUCACUUACAAUGACGGUGGGCAAGUUAAACGCGUGGCCAGCUGUUCUUCGCCGCAUAGUCCAAAGGUUUCUGCCUCACACUCGUGAACUGCAGCAAUCUGUCAAGGAUGCGCAAGUGCUCAUAGGCGGGCUCGUCAAGGAGCGAGAAGCUAUGAGAGCUAAAGGAGACUCGACAGAGUACGCUGAUGUGCUGGAGUGGCUGCCACAAAUCGCAAAGGGCCGCUCCUAUGAUCCUGCGUUGGUCCAGUUGGCUUUGUCGUUUGUUGCUAUACACACUACCGCAGACAUGGUGGGGCAGCUGUUGUUUGAUCUGAUUCAACAUCCUCAGUACGUCCAACAACUACGAGAUGAGAUUAUUUCGGUGCUUCAGGAGGGAGGGUGGAAGAAGAACUCUCUGUACAACAUGAAGCGCCUCGAUAGUUUCAUGAAGGAGUCUUUGAGAAUCAGGCCCAUCAACCAGACUACCAUUCAAAGAAUUGCUGAAGUACCAAUCACUCUCUCAGACGGCACAAAGAUCAGCCAAAACACGCUUUCUAUCGUCCCUCUUGUCCGCCAUUGGGACCCUGAGUACUAUCAAGAUCCAAACACAUUUGACGCUUUCAGAUUCUACAACGCUCGCCAGGAAGAGGGCAAGGAGAACAAAUCGCAAUUCGUAUCCACUUCCCCAGAAUACCUCAGUUUUGGCCAUGGUCUACAUGCUUGUCCUGGACGCUUCUUUGCGUCCAACGAGAUCAAGAUCAUUAUGUGCCAUAUCUUGCUCAAGUAUGAAUGGCGAUUGGUGGAGGGCGCCAAGUCCCCACAGACCUUGAAGCAUGGCUUCAGUCUUGUUGCAGAUCCAUUCAGUUGUCUCGAGAUCAGGAGGAGACAGGAAGAGGUUAAUAUUGAUAUCUUAUAA